AUGCCGAUUCCAUCCAGGUCCCGUUAUAUCAGCUCCCUACCCGCCACGAAUCCCACCGAUACUAUUGCCCACUGCGAGGAGGUUGUAGGAUACUUUUCGAAGCUAGGACACGCAAGUAGCUUAUACAAGACUGAAGACACUGGCAUGGACUUGGUGCAAAACUAUUACAACCAUCCAUCGGCUAAGAUACAGUCACCAAAGAACAGUGAUAGCAUUAUUGGGCACAAAGAGAGUUGCAAUUCUGAUGUAAAAGUCGAACCAUAUAUAUCUCCAAAGUCCAAGCAUCCUUUUUAUAUUCACGGUGACGUGCCUCAUGACUAUGGGUUUCUACAAAAUCUAGAAUCGCCUUUACAUGAAAUUUUACGCACUUCAUUGCCUAUUCGUUCUUUUCAAAACGAUGCGGCAAGCAGUACCUCUCCAGCCUUUCGGUCUUACGAUUCAGGAGACGGUAUAAAUACUGUAUCCAAAUUUCAACCUUUCACAUCUCCUCCUUCCGAUCUUGAAUCUUGUACGGAUCUACUUCAAGGUGCUUCUGAAGGUCAACUCGAUCCUAGAGCCUAUCAAGGGAGCCAGUCAGUGAACAACUCGAUUGCGGAACUCAGUUCAUACCGAAAAGCCCCCAUGGAAGGUCACUAUCAAACUAAGAACCUCUCGCCAAGUUCAUCUGCUUAUGUACCUGUAAAGUACAAUCAUCAUGGUUCUUGUUCUGCCGUUUAUUUCAGGCAAGAUGGCUUUGAAAACCGUCUGGCACAGCCUCCUCAAGCACUUACAUCAUAUCAUUCAAUCACAAACGCGGUACCUUUGGGCAUGGCACCAAUCUCUUCAAGCACAAACAGAUCGGAUAUUCUGACUGUGCACCCCACUGAUUUGUGGAAAAAUCCUCCUGGAGUCCCGGGCACGCAUUGCAGUGGUGCUGUUCUGUCCCACAGUAUGUCGCAUCCAUCGAAUAUUUCCGUUUCAUGUCAAGAAUCUCAGAGCUAUAAUGACGCAAAUACUUCGAAUAAGAAUACAACCGCCCCGAGCUUUCAUCCCUCUCAUGCCUCUCAAUUACCCUAUACCAAAAUCGCGUAUCAACAACAUGCUUCCAACUACAUAAAUUCACAUUCACCAAUACUUCCUUUUCCCUCGAAUGGCGUCCAGAUUCUAGGAGAAGUUCAUAAUAUGGGACGAAGCAAAAGCUCAGAAAUCGAUUAUAUACGUACUUUAGCAAUUGAUCAAUUCUGCCCGAGAAGCUUUCCAAGCGUAUGUCUGCAUCCUCAGUGUCAACGCAAGCGAACAAACAAGCCCUGGUUGUACAGUAAAUACAAAGACUGGCAAGGCCAUUUUAUACGUGCUCACCACAAGCAACAUCUCUGCGGCUUGCCAGAUUGUCCAAAUAGCGAAAGGAGGUACGGCACAAAAGCAGAAGCCAAGCGCCAUCGGCUUUCUGUUCAUCAUUUUGGUAAAGCAGAUGCUAAACAUUGGAAAUGCCAGGUUCCGACUUGUCAACGGAGUACUAAGGUGUUCACGAGAAGAGAUAAGUAG